AUGUACACAAGCAUCUCAGGCGAGAAGGUGGUAAGAGGCUUGCAGGAGAUUUUAGAGCGAGAAGAGGACAUCGUGGAGGCGGAAAGAAUCGUUAACAUGAUUGAUCAACCUGACAAUAAGGACAACAUAUUUUACAGUAAACGGCAGUAUCUACGACCAAAUAUUUGGACUACCGAUGGGUUCUCCACUUUCACCUAUUUUGGCAAAUGUGUAAAUGGACAAGUUGGAUAUGGAAUUGGAGAACUCAUCACUGCAACCAAGAGUGCUCAUGCGAUAUUUGGAUAA